UUGGAAGCGGAGGGCCACACUGUGGCUGCUCCCUCUUUCAAAUAACCAUGCCACGUUCGCGGUCGUUAAUUUCGGAGCUUCGAGGUUCGCCACGUUGUGCCAUGUUGCGGUUUCUGAACAUGAGGAAUGAUGUGUCGUCUGCUAGCGUGAAAGGUUGACGUUUCUGCGUAACCGUGUUGUUCGCAACUUGUAGUGUGUGAAGUUACAAAACUGUUUGCGAUAAACAAGAAGUGGAUUUGAGUGAUGGCUUGGUUGUUAUGCAGUGUCGUGCAACGUGCGUCUGAUUGGUCCAGCGGUCACCGCUCAGUGCGGGUCUAGUCCCUCAUGUCACCUCCGAACGGAGUGGUGCUGUCGGUGCGGACGUUCUUCGUUGUAAUUAGUAUUGGUGCAUGGUGGAAGACAGUGGAGGCUGUGGAGUCCCGAAUACCGCACUUUGUUCGCGAACCUCCUCAACGAGUGGAAUUCCUCAAUGGUACGGGGGCUGUGGUACCUUGUCUUGCCCACGGAUCACCCCCACCACAGGUAACGUGGACGACCUUAUCUGGCCAGCCUGUGACGGACGUUCCGGGCCUUCGUCAUCUCCGGCCGGACGGCUCUCUCGUGCUACCUCCAUUUCGCGCAGAAGACUUCAAAGAGGACGUCCACAGCGCCGUCUACCGAUGCGUCGCUUCCAACGUUGCUGGAACAGUCGGUAGCCACAAUGUGCGUGUACGAGCGGUGAUACGACGACGCUACGACGUGAAGGUAUACGAAGAGUUUGUAAUUAAAGGCAACACAGCUGUCCUACGUUGUCACGUUCCCGAAUACGUCAGAGAGUUUGUCAGCGUCACAGCGUGGAUUGUCGACGAAACUAUCAAGGUCGCUUCUGGCUACUUGCGAGGAGACAGGUACAGCGUAUUCCCGGGAGGCGAGCUCCAUAUUCGAAAAGCAGAUCUGGCGGACACAAUGUCAAGGUAUCAGUGCCAAACUCAACAUCGACUAACAGGAGAGGUUGUCAGUAGCCCUUCCAGUCGGCGACUAACAGUGCGAGAAUCUUUCGCGAUGUCGCCGCGAAUAGUAGACAGCAGAAGACAAGUGCACGGUGAGCGCGGUCUCACCGUAGAACUUCCCUGCGCGGCGCAGGGUCAUCCCGUUCCCACCUACCAGUGGUUCCGAAAUGUUCGUGGCCAGGCAGUGCCAGUCCCAAUGGGAAAUCGUUUCGUGCAACUCGACGGGACGCUAGUCAUUCACCAGGUGUCUCUAAACGACGCCGGCAUUUAUACUUGUUUCGUAAACAACACUUCGGGUUCAGACACGGUGGACACGGAUUUGCAAAUAUUCUCGCCUCUCUCUGUCGUGGUACACCCACGCACCCAGAAGGUAGACGUUGGUAGACCAGCGAGUCUCAAUUGUUCUGUCUCCGGCCAGCCCGUGACCAGUGUGGAAUGGUACCGAAACCAACAGCCCUUGCUCAAAGGGUCAAGUCAUUCACCCUACAGCGUCACAAUAGCCAGCGUGCGCCGUGAAGAUCGAGGCGCCUACCAGUGCUACGCUUACAACGAGAAGGAAUCGGCACAGGGAGCUGCGGAGUUAGCAUUGGCCGAUGACCCACCGUACCUCCGUGAAUCCUUCACAGAAAGAACCCUCUCCCCAGGACCCUCCGUGUCGCUGAAAUGUAUCGCCUCAGGACGUCCCUUGCCACAAGUCACGUGGACACUGGACGGACUUCCGGUUCCUGAAGACUCACGCUUCCGAAUGGGCGAUUAUGUGACGAGUGAAGGGAGCGUCGUCAGCUUUGUGAAUAUCUCGGCCGUGCGGCCGGAAGACAGCGGACUGUACCGCUGCAGCGCCGGAAAUGACGUAGGCAAGGCGGAACACGCCGCGCGAGUUAACAUCUACGGUCCGCCGUUCGUACGACAGAUGGCGAAUCGGUCUGUUGUGGCGGGAGAAGUGAUCGAUAUCACGUGCCCAGUAGGUGGAUUCCCCAUCGACUCCAUCGUGUGGGAAAGAGAGGGACUUCGUCUUCCGUACAACCACCGUCAGAAAGCAUUUCCCAAUGGUACGUUGCUCGUCCAAGACGUUGAGCGUGCAACGGACGAAGGACUCUACGCGUGCGCCGCGCGUAACAAAGACGGCCAGUCAGCACAUGGCAGCCUACACGUCAAAGUGCUCGUUCGACCGGCCAUUGUACCCUUCGCCUUCCCGGAGUCCCUUCACGAAGGCCAGAGAUUCAACGUAUUGUGCACAGUCUCAAAGGGUGACUCUCCGGUGCACAUUGCCUGGUACAAAGACGAAGCCCCCGUGAGCAGCAGCGGCCCGGCUGCCGUCACAGUGCUGAAUGUGACCCAGUUUUCUUCGACGCUCAUCUUCGAAAAGGUUCUCGCAGAGCACCGGGGCAACUACACUUGCGAAGCACGUAACGCGGCCGGUGUGGUACGGGCCACAGCCACAAUGGUAAUUCACGUGCCCCCGGUGUGGCGGAUAGAACCGUCGGACACAAUAGUUGUGAAAGGUGGAACAGCCGUCAUCGACUGUCAAGCCGAUGGGUUUCCGGUCCCCAGAGUGAGGUGGACAAAGUCGGAAGGGGACGUCCCGGGGGAUUACAAAACUAUCAGCAGCAGCUCAAAGGUGCACGUGUUUGAAAACGGAUCUUUGGCUAUUCACAAUGCAGAAGAGAAAGACUCUGGAUAUUUUCUAUGCCAAGCGUCGAACGGGAUUUCACCUGUUCUCAGCAAAGUUAUCAAGCUUUCAGUUCAUGUCGCUGCCCAUUUUCGCUCAAAGUUCAAAGCAGAGACGGUUCGAAGGGGUCACCUCGCCCGACUCAAAUGUGAGGCCUUCGGUGAUAAGCCACUUAUCAUUACGUGGUCGAAAGACAAGCAAUCUUUUGAUCCAAAGGCCGAUCCUAGGUACGAAUUAAAUGAGACCCUGACGAGUAGCGGCAUCGUCUCCGAGAUAACGAUAAGAGGGGCGGAUCGUCGCGACUCUGCCUUGUUCACGUGCCUUGCCCGUAACUCUUUCGGCUCAGAUGACACAAAUAUGCAACUUAUUCUUCAAGAACCUCCUGAUAGCCCUCAAGAUGUGAAACUUUUGGAGUACAGCAGUAGAUUUGUUAAACUUUCUUGGUCUCCCCCUUACAGUGGGAACAGCCCUAUUUUAAAAUACUUUGUACAGUAUAAAGAAGACUCAGAAUCAUGGCACAGAAAGUCGCAAAACGUCACCGUACCCGGAUCGGAGUCGUCAGCCGAAGUCCGGGGUCUGCACCCCGUCACUCUGUACGCACUGCGGGUGAUGUCGCUAAACGCCCUGGGACACAGCGACCCCAGCGCGGAAACUCACGUCAAGACCGACGAAGAAGCUCCCGGAGGUCCACCCUUAAAGAUUAGAGCUGAGGCCACGGGAUCUCAGUCGAUCAAGGUCUGGUGGAAGCCACCAAGGAAAGACCUGCAGUUCGGAACACUGAAGGGCUAUUACGUAGGCUACAAGGUGAAAGAAAGUGCGGACACCUACGUAUACAAGACACUAGACGUCACCACGGUUUCCUUCCGAGACGAGUGUCACGUGACCAACUUACGCCGCAACACCGAAUAUAGCCUGGUGGUACAAGCAUUCAACGCAAAGGGUGCUGGACCACCGUCAGAAGAAAUCUUUGUGAGGACGCUUGAAAAUGAUCCACCAACGUCUCCUACUGUAAAAGUGUUGUCCUCUUCCACGUCGUCGAUCACCCUCACUUGGAAGCACAAUUCCGACACUACCGAUGCAUUGGGCUACACGGUGUACUACCGAAAAGACUUCGGAGAGUGGUUAGAAACGAAUCUUCCACCCGAAUCUGAGAAGUAUAGCAUAGAUAACCUGGCUUGUGGUGCUACUUAUCAGCUUUAUCUUACCGCCUUCAAUGCUGUGGGCAAAGGCGGACCAAGUAAUAUCCUCAGCACUAAAACCGAUGGAGUUGCCCCCGUCGCUCCAGACAAGCCUUCUCUUAUCACGGUGAACUCUACGUCCAUAUCAGUCCACCUAGACUCGUGGCAUGAUGGAGGCUGUGUUAUCAAGUCAUUCGAAAUUCGUUACCGACGUCAAAGAGAAAAGGUAUGGAACGUAGUGGGCCACGAGAUUCCUCCGGCACAGAAAGUGGUGUUUCUGAGUGACCUCGCCCCCCGCGUUGCGUACUUGCUGCAAGUCAUUGCGAAGAAUGACGCAGGCGUCACAGAAGCCGAGUACGACUUCGUCACUUUACCUGCAGUUCGAGAGACGGAAACUACGCCAAUGGUCAUCGAAAGCGAAAGUGCACCGUUUUACCUGGAACUAGGUGUCAUUCUUCCAGCGUCGGUUUCUUUGAUUGUCGUGGUGGCCAUAUCGGUCCUUGUCUGCGUAGUUCUUCGCAAGCGGUACUCUUCUGGAAGCUCGAACAGCGGGAGCUCCACGUACGGUACGAGAAAGAAUCAUAUCCAGGAAUGUCUUCACAUGUCUGAGGUGGACAAAAGCUUGGGCAAAAAGAGUGGCUCCCUGGACGGUCGGCUUGACUACUACCCUACUCCUUACGCUACAACGCGGGUUGCCGGCGUGGACGAGCGAAAACUCAACGACUGUUCCUAUAGGCAGGCCCAGGAGGAGCCUCUUUAUGCCACAGUGAAGAGGACGCCUAGGCCUCCGAGAUCUGAUAUCCACAUUUACAACUACCCUAUUGUGAAUCCUGUGUCAGACAUGGGAGACAGACGAGCCUCGUCUAGCCAUUGGAAGAUGGCCACUGCUGUCGUAAAUCUGGACGAUGGACCAAUGGGCAUGGAAGCAAACCAUUCGCCAUCGAAACGGUUGAACAGGCUAUCACACAGGUGAAAUUCAACCCAUGUAAGUAAUAGUCCGAGGGCGUUAGUUCCUGUCUGCUUUCACCGCUCCAAAGGUCAAAUAGUCUAUUUUCUUCAGCGAGGCCACCCUGCAAUGGAUGGCUCGACGGCGCCAUCGAUGCCACUCUGGACGUCUGAAGAAAUCCUGUGACGAACUGAAUACUGACGCUCUGUGUGCUUCGUACCUUACAAGAAAGGCUUCUGUGGUGAAACACAUGACUAUAUUUAUACGUGACCAUAUCCCCAUUUUACAGUAACCAGGCUUUGCAUGCGAGCCUGCACGAGGGUAAACGGGUCGAUGCGACAACGGCUCUGGCUAUGAAGAUAACGAGGGUGAUCUGUCUGCCUCUGCCUAUGACACAGGCUAUGCUGUGUACCAAUUGUGAUUGUUUAUUGGUUGCUUUUGUGAGGAUGGGGUUUGAAUUUGAGAGUGGCAGCUGAUGUUCGAAGGCGAACGCUGCAAGGUGCCAAUGUAAAUAAGGAUAUACCAGUCACGAACACCGCGUAAUGUACAACGCGUGUAAAGGAAAGACAAGAAGGUUUACAUGACAACGUCAAUUGUGAAAAAGCAUGUACAAUAUUUUCGUGGGGACAACGAAGUGUCUUAUGUUAACAGAUGUUCCACGUGCUGUUUACUUAAAUGGAAGCAAGAGAUAGCGCGAUUUGAAUAUGUCAGAAAUUAACAUUUGCGCGAGUCUGUCUGAAGACAUGAGUGAGCUAAAGAUGUGCGCGCCAAGUGACACGAUGCAUGAUGCUUCAAAUGAUAUCAUGGUUAGAUCCAAAUGACAUUCGGCCAUCAAACGAUUGCGUUCCAAUGGCGGAAUUUAUAACUGCAUGUGCUGCAAAGAGAUGUCGCCACAUGGCUCACCUAACAACAAAAGGCAUGACUGUUAUCUACGGAAUCCAACAGUAGGAAAUGCAAGUCUGGAACGGCUUUCUCUUUCUUCUUCUUUCCCCCUGCUUUGUCUGGGCGAGGUAAAAUGGAACGAGUUCGGGCGAGCUCUUGAAUGGCGUAUCUAAAUUCUGCAGACUGCAGGAGCUGAAAUUACAACCACCCUGUUGCUUAAAUCGGUAAUGUCAUUACGUUUCUGAGCAGUUCGUGUGUAUUAUAUGACUGCCGUGUUACAUAAGAGCAAACAGAUUAUAUCGGCCAUGCGAGUCAAGUGAGAGGAAUUACGUUAACCACAGGAGACCUUCUUUCUUUUUUUUUCUUUUUUGGCAAUAUGCAAUUGAAAACGGGAAGACGUUGAUGCAAUGAAAGAAAAAAAGUUCCAAUGAUUAACAUACUAGAAGAAACGAAUAAUAUGGUGUCAAUAAUAGUUUCGACGUUCCGCGAAUUGCCAAGAUGCACGACCGUGACCGGGAGGAAUACAAGCAUGCUGGUUGUUGGUCGCAUUUCCUUGCUAAGAAUAUCUAGACCACUCGUUGAAUCCUGUGUAUAGAUCCUUCCAGGUUCAAGAAAAUGUUACCAACAAGUAGCGAAGGUGAACUGCAGAAGCCCAUUCCAAGUGCUGUAGCAUAUACUGAUUUCUUUUCGCAGUUCCCCUAAGACAGUCUUUGUUCUAGAUGAUUAUUCGAGUUCUUAUGGCGCAUCGACAACUGAGGGAUGCGGUCUUUUCUUUCGGCUAUCUCGCAACCGGCUUCCAGGUACUAGUCAUUCCAAUAUUUCACUGUUCAGUUGCAAUGCUAACGUAUUUCAACCAAAUGGAGAAAGAAAUGAACACUGCCACACGUUGCAGUUGGAUAAACAAGAUGUGAACAAUAUUGGGCGAGACAUUGACAUGUGUGUCUCGUACAUUCUCGGCGUGAAAACUCUGCCGUAAUAAAAAUGUCUUACGUUG